AUGGUCCAGUCGGACACUUUUUUCCCCCUCCCCGCCCCUAGAAAUACCAAUCAACAUUUUUCUACUCUUAGACAAAAAAGGAGGAAGAAGAUGUGGAUUCUUUACAAUGUCGACUAUUCAAAGAGUGUUUUUAUUAUUUGGAGCAAGUGGUGUUUGUAUUGCGCUGCAGUGGUGUGUUUGUUGGUGUCCCGAGUCUGGACGGAUGAUGCUUGCCCGUUUUCAUGCAUCUGUGCCAGUGACUCGGGCAUGGUGACCUGCCUAACUGAUGGGGAGGAAACUGAGCUACCAGGAGAAAUACCGGAGUGGACGUCUACUUUGAUACUCAAAGGCAGAAACAUCUCAACUUUACCUCGUGGUGCGUUCAGUGCCAACGGCACGGAAUUGGAAAUAGUGACACUUUCGCUGUCCUAUAACGGGAUACAGACUAUUGAACCGUAUGCUUUCUUGGGACUCCCCCGUUUACACGUGCUGGAUCUGAGCCACAAUCAGUUGGAGUCUAUCUCAGCCAGGGCUUUCCACGGAUUACCAGAGCUGCGCUCUCUUUACCUAAAUCACUCUAUUUUGCCUUCUGCCACGGCACAGCUCUCGCAUGCCCUUGGCGCACAAAGUUUGCGCAACCUCCACAGGUUAGAGUUAGCAGGAAACAAGCUGAAGUCUAUACCCCUGGAGAGAUUAGAUAUCUAUAACCUCCACGCGUUGGUGCUGAUAAAUAACUCCAUAGAGAGUAUCGAAAGGGAAAACAUAACCAGUUUGUACCAACAAAGACGCAUACGCGUCUAUUUAUAUUUAAACCCGUUUCGGUGCAACUGUGACUUGGAGCCGUUUUUCUACUGGUUGAAGAAUUCGUCUCAAUGCCCAGAUGCUGGGCACCUUCUGUGCAGUGAACCGGAGGCCAAGAGGGGUGUCCCUGUGGAAAAGCUCCGGGGAGAGGACGUGGAUUGCUUAAACGAGAACUUAGAGGCGGUUUCAUAUGUGUUCCUUGGUAUUGUGCUAGCCCUGAUAGGAGUGGUAUUUCUUAUGGUGCUGUAUCUUAACCGAGGAGGUAUCAAACGGUGGCUCAACAACAUCCGAGAGGCGUGCAGAGAUCAGAUGGAGGUCUACCAUUACCGUUACGAGCAAGACUCAGACCCGAGACUAGCGAACGUAGCUGUUUAACCUUCUGAAACCUCAGUCUAGUGCUGUGCAGUGACGGACCAGUGGGGACAAGAUGUUGGAAAGAAACUGUUUAAUUAUUUUCAGCAGCUGGCCUCUGAACUGCAUGUCUCACUUUGGGAUACACACAGAACCAAAGAUAGCUAAUAACUAAAAGAGACUCUAAAACGGUCAUCUUAGACAACUGAAACUUCUAAACACUAUUGUACAUAUUGUAGUUAAGCAUCUCCCUGAGAAAGGAAUAUGUUAUAUAUAUCAUCUAACUUAUGUAAGUUGUCAGGAACCAUUAGUAUUAUUUACAUUGUAAACCAAGUGACAAACAUUGACUAAAUAGCUAGACUUUCUUCUUCUUCUUUCUUUCUUUUUAUUUAAACAGCUGACAUGAAGUGGUGGCUCAGUGUUAUUUGAACAUUAGUUCACUGCAGGCUUUUAUUCCACGAUGAAUUCAGAAUGCAAAUGGGUGAAAAAUAUGAGGAAAGUAGAAUGUUAUGUUUGAUGGAGUGCCAUGUUUGAGCAGGCAGUACUAGGCAGUAAAUUAUCAUGAAUAAUCACAAAGCACUUGGAGAAUUUUUUUAACAGCUUUCUCUGCAAGAAAUAGCCUCCUGUCUCUGGAAAAGAAACUAUAUUAUUCAACUCAAGGAUGGUUUUUAUUAGUAAAACAGUGAAAAGGAAGGAUACAGAUUCCAACCAUGCAUGUCACUGUACUCAUA